AUGGAAAGACCAGGGUUCAACCUUGAAAGAGGUCUCAAAGACGACUUGAGUAAGAGUCAACUUUACUUCUGCACGUGCAUGCUUUGUAAAACGUAAUGCACGUUGAAGUACAAUGUCACAGCUAAGAGCUUCUUCGAGGGGGCUCUGGCAAUUAUUUCUAAUUAUUUUUUAGGAUGCCACCUAAAGAAAUGUGCAGAUACCCAGCGAAAAGGCCUUUUUCUACGACACCCACACAUCUAAAACGGUUAUCCCUUUCAGUUUUUUAAUGGAAAGAAGUUUUUACUUAAGUUCACACAAAAUUAUUGUUUGCAAAGUAUAUUUUCUUUGAAAUUAGCAGUGAUGUUACCAGCGUUGCAAUUCCACUGAGAUUUUUUUUUAUAAAUCUCUUCCACACCUUUCCUGGGGACUUUCAAAUUACGCAGAACCAAUGUUUUGAAGCCAGAGUCGUGCAAAAUAGGGAUCGAAUAACAGCGAAACCUUUCAAAUUGCACGACUCUACUUCUUAGGCCUAUGGUUUUUUAUUGUUUCUGCGGUACAUAGUGAUAAAUGUUUGUUUUAUAGCAGGCUAGAACUGGGCUUAGCCUCUGUAACCUGUCAACAGGAACUCCAUUCAAAUAACUUGAAACAGAAAAUGUAAAUAUAACAUAAAAGGAUUUGAAAGUCCAUCUUGCAAGAGGCAGCCAUGUGGCUAUUUUAGACAUGACCAAGGAUUUGAACGUGAGACGACCGAAAAACAAAUCGAGAUACUUGUCAAAGCGGAACUCGAACCUAAGACCGUUCGAUUGCGAGUCCAAUCGCGAGAGCCUCAUUGGAACCCAUACGCGAAUUUAGGUUAAAAAAGGUAAAAGUGAAAGUAUAUUUUUUAGCUUUUCUGCUAGUUUACAAGCUUUCCACUCGAAUAAUUAGAAACAUCUAAUACAAAUAGAACAUGUGUAAUUACACAAUUACAAUCGCCGGCCGGAAGGAGACUACCAGUACGCCAUUUACGAGCGAGGCCGAGGGUCUGGACUCGGGAUGACCAAGGAAGAUAUCCAGCAAGUGGACUUGUGACCGCCGGACCCAUCGGUCCCGUUGCCUCCACUAACAUAAAAAUAUGUCAAAAAAAAGGAGUAGCGGCGGUAAGGCGAUACUAACUGUAAUUUUGUUGCGUUUUAUUAUUAUUAUUAUUAUUAUUAUUAUUAUUAUUAUUAUUAUUAUUAUUAUUAUUAUUAUUAUUAUUAUUAUUAUUAUUAUUAUUGUCUCUAUUAUCACAGUCUUUGCUGGUGUUCUUUUUGUGCAUCAGCCGGGCGCAAACCAUGCACCUAGAGCGUCAGUCACUCAAGUCAAUCAUUCUGUUCAUACACUGAGCACCUUUCUGAGGAUUCGUGCAGAUCCCAGCAUGCAGAUCUUUUGAAUCUCUGUCAUAUUAGCUCUUUCUGAUACUUUCUUGAUGUUUUCUACCGUACCCUUCUUCACUGUACCAAGCGCACCAACAACCACAGGGAUCACUACUGUUUUCAUAUGCCACAUUCUCUGUAUUUCUAGUUCUAGGUCUUUGUACUUGCAUUUUUUUUCAGUUUCCUUCAGUGCGAUGUUUCUAUCUGAUGGAACAGUCAUAUCAAUAAGUUUGCAGGUGGAAUUCACUGAAUCUUUAACGAUGAUAUCUGGUCUGUUCGCUGUUAUAGUUCUAUCAGUAUUGACUGGCAUGUCCCACAUGAUGGUGAUGUUGUUAUCUUUAUAGUGUAUCACGGUCUCUGGUUCGUGUUCGUACCAUUUGUCUGUAAUCUCUAUAUCAUGAUCUUUACAUAUGCUCCAAUGGAGAUAUGCUGCAGCGUUAUUGUGCCUGGAGAUGUACUCUGUUUUGGCUAAUACCUCACAUCCAGAUACAAUAUGGUCCACUGUCUCUUCAUGCUGCGAACACAAUCUGCAUUUGCUCUCCACUUGCUGGCCACAUAUUACUUUCUGGUAAUUUCUGGUGUUUAUUGCCUGGUCUUGAGCUGCAACAAGUAGUCCCUCUGUUUCUCCUUUCAAAUUACUUGACAACCAUUUGUUGGUGAUGACUGUGUCUACAUGAGGCUUCUCUAGGAUCUUUGGAUACUGGCCAUGCUUAUUAUUAUUAUUAUUAUUAUUAUUAUUAUUGUUAUUUAUUUAUUUAUUUGUUUUUUGAAGGCGCUUUUCGCAGUGAGGGAGUGGAUAAGGAUUUUUAUCGCCAAAUCAGUCUGAUUGAGGGCGACCAGCCUCAAGAAUCCAACGUAGGAAAAGUAAGUGACAUGUACACUACCAACCCUUUGCCUGAGUACAGCUACAAGGAAUCAGACUACAGCGAAGGGUCAGACGCCCACUCCAACAAUGGUGGUUAUGACAAAAACAAUCCAUUGGAAAUGUUAAAAAGCCCUUUCGAAAUGCCAAAGAAUGAGGAUGAUUUGGAUCCUCAAGACAAAGAAAUCUUUCAAGGUUAUCACAAUGAUCAGGACAAACAAGGUUCACCGUCUGAUCAUUCAGAUCUCUACGCGAUGAUUGGUAGAAAGGUCGUUCAGGAUAUGUUGAAACAGCGAAACGAAUCUCAACAACAAACGAAAGGAGAUGGUCAGCAGAGCAUGCUUAAGAAGCUUCUGGGAGGGAAUCUCAAUCAACAAGAUGUGGGCGUUGACAGGUUGCUGGUGAGUAAAGUUACCUCAACGACGUCUCCUAAACAAAUCACAAAUCUUCCUACAGUUCCUUCGCAGGGGAAUGUAUUUACGUCUGGAAGGAUCCCACUUAAGGAAGCGUUCACUCAUGACUCUCAGGAAACAACUCAGACACUCCUUUUACCAAAGGGAAUCAAACUUAGUAUAGAAGGACAUGUCUUUCAAGCGGAUCCAUUGGCAGCAUCAAGCAUGAUUAAAGAACAGACACCAACUGUUCGAGAGCCAUCACUUAACGUUGCUGCUGAUUUAGAGAAAAAGCUUCAAAACUCUGAAAUGCCCUCCGAUGAGACAACGCUGAACAAACAAAUUCCACCAAAGGAAGUGGACCUAAAAAAGGAAAACUAUGUUACAUUUAAAAUUUCUGGUGCUGGAGAACCAGUAAGUUUUAAGGCGGGAACGAGCAAUGAUGGCUCACUUCUACUCAAAGUUCCAGGCAACGUUAAAUUAGUGGACACAGACACGAUAAAAGAAAUAUCCAGCAAAGCAAUUCUAAACGAAAAUGAGAAAGACAGUACAAAACUUAAAAUGGCAAUAGACGGUGAGAAAAUGAACCAUUAUCUCUGGGAAUCUCAGACGAAUCCAACACAGGAAUUUCCUGUCAAGAAAGGAGACACUUUUGGAAGUUACGAUGAAAAACCAAUUAAAGAAAUGCUAAGUUGGCAGAUUCUGGGAAAAACUAAUGCAAAGCUAAAUCAAGAUGAGAUCGCACGCAGUGAAGCGAAAGAUAUUCUCCAAGAUGACGAUAAAGUCAUGUCUGCCGUGAGGCCAACAAGUGGUCGGUUCGUAUUUUUAUCACCAACCGCUCUUCACUCCCUUAGUCUGAUGUCCCCGACUAAGUACGACGAACUAAGCCGAGUCUCGUUUGCCGGGGUUGGGAAGUCCCCACCAUCUGAGUUAUUUCCUUCUAAGUUAAAUCUGAGGGAAAAUGUGGACAAUAACAAAGCGUUUUCCUUGAAGAAUUUCCUCAGGCCUUCCAAAUUCAUCGAGGACUCUCCAAUAAGCAGGGAAAGGCUCAGUGAAGCUCCGGCUCGUUAUAUGCCUACCAGUAACAUAAUACACCAAGGUACCUUUUUUCAAACAAUAGAUAAUUGGAUUUUUCCUAUCUUUUCUUCACUACAAGGGUAAAUAAAAAGUUUUUUAAAAUGAAACUGAUGUUAACAAGGUUUUUGCAACUGAGACUUAUUUUGAAAGCAAGGGGUUUUUGAACUCGGAAAUAGGCUGUUAUUUUAAGCCUCCUUAAGAAAUAUGUUGAGAUUAUGGGUGUAAUUGGUUUGAAGUGUAUUGGUUUUUUCAGCUUCGGCCUAAUAUCCCCGACGCCAUGGGUCUGUGUUCUAGUGCGUCCCAAUCUACCUUACCGGCCUAACAGCAAGCCAAUAGCACCCACAAAGUUUGCGUGAAGGUGGCGCAACAUGGACUGCUUUGCAGUCUGCCUGCCACGUUGUUUUACGGCGUUUUCAAGCGUUUUAUCUCUUUGCAUCGAAAUACUACUUCCUAUAGGGUGUCAAGAGUUUUUGUUCUGGAAUUUCAACACGCCGCCAGUUAAAGUCUAGUCUUUGACCACGUGAAUGAAAAAUGGAUAUAUUUGCGUACCUCUUCACUCCCAAAUGGUUUUUGUAAAAUGGGUGUCUUUCUUAUUUCCAUUAGCGUAUUAUAUGCGGGUUUUACUUCACUCAAAUGCUAAUUUUUAAUUUUUUAACUCAUUUUGACAAUUGUUUAGAACGAGAAAGGAACUCUUGGUCACCCUGCUCAGUGACUUGUGGUCAGGGUAUUCAGGCCAGAGCUAGGUUGUGCGAAGGAACACAGUGUAAGGGAUACAGAACAGAGAGCAAGGCUUGUUUCAUGGAAGCAUGUCCCGGUAAGAACAAGCUCAAAAACAAUGUAAAAACCCAGACUUAAAUAAAGGAGAACACUAGAUUAAGUACCUGUGUAAGGAAAGUUUUACGUGGUCCCUGAAAUAUGUUGGGAAAUGUUUUCGAAACUUAUUUCAGAUCUGACCAAACCGAUGGCAAAUUACCAAAUUGUUUGAAACUGGCCAUUUUCCAUAUAAAAUUGACGAAUUUACCAAAUUCAGCACGAAGCAGGUUUGUAAACCGAACAAAAACACAACUCUUAUCUUGACGUUAAUAUGAUUUAAAAUUUUCCUUUCACUGAUCGGCGAGCUGCAAUUUGCAACAAAAUUAUUGACACAAUGUUCUCAAAUGGGUUAACUUCGGAAAGCAAAACAAUCCAAACCCCUUCUCCCUCCAUUAAUUCAAAGUUGUGAAUUAAUUCAAAGGGGUGUUUUCAAUUGUUGAUUUCUAGAGGUGGUUCAAACUGCGCUACAACAUUGCAUGGAGGGGGUGGGGGAGGAAGAGCUUUAACUGGUUAAGAUCCAGCUCACAAACAAACCAAAGGAAUUUGUAACGAAAAUGAUGAGGUUAUUGUUAACUAUCCGAAAUGUUUGACCAAAUGCCAAAAGAGAAGAUGACUUUAUACAAUCGCUUUCAGAAGGACUAUAGUUUAUUAAAUCUAUGAACAGCGGAAAUCCUCAAAAUUUAGACGAUAAACACGGAAAAACACUUUUCUAUUGAUCUGAAUCUAAUCAACAUUUGUUUCUCAUUGUAUUCCUACCUUUAAAGAACAAUUAGGAAGAGCAGGUCUUCGUCUGCAUAACAAGUUCAGAGCGUGGCAUAAAAGUCCUCCACUCAAGUGGUCCAGUGAUUUGGCUGCUAAGGCACAAAAAAUCGCAAAAGAAAUGGCUGACAACUCUAUCCCAUUGAAAGAUUUGGGAACUAAACGACCUGGUAUGAACACCGCUGAGAUUUGGCACAAUUAUGACAUCGCUGCCGAGAAGGCAACCGCUGAAUGGUACAGCGAGGUCAAGAGCUACAACUUUGAAGACCCGGAAAUUAGUGAUUCAAAUAAAGACUUUACUCAACUUAUAUGGAAGGGAUCAAAAAAGAUCGGGAUUGGAACAGCCAACAGUGCUGAUGGGAAUCGCACAUUUGUAGUGGCUCUAUAUGACCCACCUGGAAACAUAAGGAAAGAAGCAAAAAGCAACGUACACAUACCUGAAUCCCAAAACUAG